UCGGCUCCGCAGCAGCUGCCGGCGGCCGGGGAGGGAGCCAGCGGGCGCCGCCGCCCGCGCCGCGCCGAUGGGUCUCCUCCUGCUCCUCUGGGCGUGUGCAGCCGCCGCCGGGGCAGCUGUAGGAUUUGGAAUGGAUCCUGACUUACAAAUUGAUAUAAUCACAGAGCUGGAUCUGGUGAAUACAACCCUGGGGGUAACACAAGUGUCAGGACUACACAAUGCCAGCAAAGCAUUCUUAUUCCAAGAUACAGAAAGAGAAAUCUACGCAGCACCCCACAUAAAUGAGAAGUUAAUUCAGCUCUUCCGGAAUAGAAGUGAGUUCACGUUUCUGGCCACUCUGCAGCAAAAGACAUCGACUUCUGGAGUUAUAUUGUCCAUCCGAGAGUUGGAACACAGCUAUUUUGAACUGGAGAGCAGUGGCCUGCGGGAUGAGAUCAGGUAUCACUACAGGUUUAAUGGGAAGACGAGAACAGAGGUGUUCCCCUACCGCCUGGCAGAUGGACAGUGGCACAGGAUUGCUGUGUCACUUAGUGCAUCCCAUCUUCUGCUCCACGUGGACUGCAACAGGAUUUAUGAACGUGUCAUUGAUCCCCCAGAAACAAAUUUGACACCUGAAAGCAAUUUAUGGCUUGGACAGAGAAACAGGAAACAUGGUUUCUUUAAGGGUGUUAUUCAAGAUGUGAAAAUCAUCUUUAUUCCAAAUGGAUAUAUAACACAGUGUCCUAAUCUGAAUCGCACAUGCCCAACCUGCAGUGAUUUCUUAAGUCUGGUGCAAGGAAUCAUGGAUUUGCAAGAACUUCUGGCAAAAAUGACUGCAAAAUUAAAUUAUGCAGAAACAAGACUGAGUCAAUUGGAAGACUGUCAUUGUGAGAAGACUUGUCAAGUAAAUGGAUUGAUCUACAGAGACAAAGACUCAUGGGUUGAAGAUGAUCACUGCAGGAAUUGCACAUGCAAAAGCGGAGUUGUGGAAUGCCGGAGGAUGUCCUGUCCCCCUCUGGAGUGUCCUCCCGAUGCUCUCCCCGUGCACGUGGACACUCAGUGCUGCAAAGUGUGCAAGGCAAAGUGUAUCUAUGGAGGCAAAGUGCUAGCAGAAGGUCAACGAGUAUUAACCAAGAGCUGCAGGGAAUGUCGAAAUGGAGUUUUAGUAAAAGUAACAGAGACCUGUCCACCGCUGAACUGCUCAGAAAAAGAUCACGUUCUUCCAGAGAACCAGUGUUGCAGUGUUUGUAGAGGCCAUAACUUCUGUGCAGAGGGGCACAGGUGUGGUGAAAACUCAGAGUGCAAAAACUGGAACACAAAAGCUACUUGUGAAUGCAAGAACGGCUAUCUCUCUGUCCAAGGAGACUCCGCAUAUUGUGAAGACAUUGAUGAGUGUGCUGCCAAGAUGCACUAUUGCCACGCCAACACUGUGUGUGUCAACCUGCCUGGGUCCUACCGCUGCGACUGCGUCACGGGGUACGUGCGCGUGGAUGACUUCUCCUGCACAGAGCACGAUGAGUGUGGCAGUGGGCAGCACAACUGUGAUGAGAAUGCAAUCUGCACUAACACCAUCAGGGGACACAGCUGCACCUGCAAACCCGGGUACGUGGGCAACGGGACCAUCUGCCGAGCAUUCUGUGAAGAAGGGUGCAGAUAUGGUGGAACUUGUGUAGCUCCUAACAAAUGUCUCUGCCCUUCUGGAUUCACUGGAAGUCAUUGUGAGAAAGGUAAAGCUUUACUGAAAAACACCUUCUUUGGUAAUGAGAAGUCUGGUAUGUGGAAGAAGUAAUUCAUUUCUAUUAUUUCAUUCUGA